CGGCUGUUGUAGCUAAAUGUGGUUUAAUGCAGGCGGUAAACACCACUGCAGCUAUGAGAUUGAUAGUGUUGUGAUGCUGCCUGUAUUUUCCCUCAGGAAGUAGUGACAGUCUUUUGUUUCUUUCCUUGUAAAACUGCAGUCAGGUUUUAGGGCACAGGGUCGGGCGCGCUUUUCCUGAAUUCCCGUUCAUGACCUACUGCCAAACCCUCCCUCGGGAAUUCGAGCCCAGGAGGUUCAGCAGGUUCCGAUGACCAUGAUUUCGACCCAUCAGCAGACAUGCUUGUCCAUGACUUUGAUGAUGAACGCACCCUGGAGGAGGAGGAAAUGUUGGAGACAUCAGAUGAGACCAACACCAACGAGAUUGAAGAUCUUGCACGAGAAGGAGAGAUGCCGAUUCAUGAGCUGCUGAAUCUGUAUGGUUAUGGGGGCGGUUCACCAGCAGAUGAGGAUGAGGAAGAGGAAGAAGAACCAGAGGAAGAAGAGGAUGAUGAUGAGGAGGAUGAGGAAGACGACCUAGACAAUGAUGAAAGCAGCAGAAGCACUGGCGAGUUGAAAAGAAAUGAGGGUGAGGGUGUUAAGAACUCAUCAGCACAGGGGGAUGAGGCCCAGGUAACCUCUGAUGGUCGCACACGUUCUGUCAGGUCCCUUGGCACAGCAGAACUUAUUCGCCCCCAGAAACUCAAGUACUUUGAAAGUAACAAUGAUGCCGAGGAGGAGUCAGAUGAAGAUGAGGACUAUGUUCCAUCUGAAGACUGGAAGAAGGAAAUCAUGGUGGGUUCCAUGUACCAGGCAGAAACUCCUGUUGGCCUGUGCAAAUAUAAAGACAAUGAAAAAGUUUAUGAAAAUGAUGACCAGUUGUUAUGGAACCCCGAGUGUCUUCCUGAAGGCAAAGUGGUGGAGUUCUUGACAGAGGCAUCAAGGCGGACGGGAGAGGAGAAGGGAGUGGAUGCAAUCCCAGAGGGAUCCCAUAUCAAAGACAAUGAGCAGGCAUUGUAUGAACUGGUGAAAUGUGACUUUGACACAGAGGAAGCUUUAAGAAGACUAAGGUUUAAUGUAAAAGCAGCCAGAGGGCGUUCUGCACUUGGAUCAUCAUUUUUUGUUUUUAAGAAGAUUUUGCAGCUACAAGAUUUAACACAUAUUCUCUCCGUAACAGAGGAGCUAUCUGUCUGGACUGAAGAGGAAUGUAGAAAUUUUGAACAAGGACUAAAAGCUUAUGGGAAAGACUUUCAUUUAAUACAGGCCAACAAGGUGAGAACUAGGUCUGUAGGAGAAUGUGUGGCCUUUUAUUACAUGUGGAAGAAGUCUGAGCGUUAUGAUUUCUUUGCACAGCAAACCAGACUUGGGAAAAGGAAAUACAACCUUCACCCUGGUGUCACAGACUACAUGGACAGAUUACUGGAUGAGACAGAGAGCGCGACGUCUAGCAGGGCGGCGUCACCUCCUCCCACCACGUCCAGCAGCAGCGCCAGCCACUCGGAGAGGGAAGACGGCAGCAGUCAGAACGGUAUUGCAAGCCACAACUCAAGCCACACAGUGGAUGGUGCUCUGCUGCCCCCAGUGAAUCAAGUCAAAUCUGAGUCGGUUCAGUCCAACGGGCCUUCUCAUCCGUUAGUGGAAGCUCCUCCUCCCAUUUCCGACCACAACUCCAAUGGCUGCAGCCAACCCGGUGCGCCCAGCCACGACCAAAAUGGUUCUCUGGAGCCUCCGCUGGACCACAGAGACACGGCAAUAUCACAUGAAAGGCCGGCGAAGAGAUGCAGGACGGAGGCAGAGCCGCUGGGCCAAAGUGAGGUGGAGCCAUCCAGAACACAGGAGAACUGAAGGAUCUAGAUCUCAGUGAUGUUAGCUACUAGACACUGAAUUGGGGUGAAACAUCUUUCCUACUUCCCCUCUUGUGGGCAGAGGUAUGGGGUGAAGAGGAUGAUUAAGAUGAGCCCCUCAUGGCCUGUGAGCGCAAUGUCUCCUGAGAGCAAAGACUCUUUAGAAAGGUCACGGGUCACUCGAAGAACAAAGCCAGCCAAACUGCAGCUGGUCCUCCAGGAGGGGUAGUGGCCGCCCCGUCUCCCCGUCCCUCCGACACAUCCAUGUACUGACCACCGGCAAAGCUCGUCCCAAAGUACCGCAGCUCCAUCGUGUCCUACAAAACAUCUUCUACCCAUCGUCUUUAUUCUCUUUCUGGAGACUGACUGACAAAAUUUUGCCAAGAAAUUCCUUUUUCUAUUUGUACUCAAAGAAAAUAAAUCACCUGUGAUAUUUUUUUACACAAGAGAUAUUUAUAUUUUUUACCAAAAGAAAACUAUGAUGGGUAGUUGCCGUUCAAGCUGUUUGAACAUUUGAUGAAACGGGACAUAUUGUAAACGAUUGUGUGCUCAAGUUCAUAAAAAGAGGCAAAGCAGGCAAACACAAGAUGAGCAAGGCUGGUGCUGUCGCUGGCCCUCUUUCGUUGCACUUUGAUUGUAUGUUUGUCAUCUUUAUUAAUAAGGAGUGGUGUUGAAACCCAGCAGAAAUACACUUUCACUCCUCUUCUGAACCCACUCUGACUUUUGUCAUCCAUCUGUUUGUUUGAUUAUGAUAAAUAAACCAAUGGGUUAGUCCCCCCACUGGUUUGUUUGUGUAAAGCAGCUGACAUCAGUGAUGUCCUGUAUUAUAUAACUCAUCAUGUAGAAGAUCGCUGUAUUUUUGGAUUUUCAUGGUCAGUGCUUUGCUCAACGCUUUUGUUUUUACUAGACAGAAUGUCCGUGAUUUUUAAUGUAAACUUUGUAUAGAUUUCUUACCUUGAGCAGCUGGUACAUUUUUUACAACUGUCUGUUCAUCUUUGUAUUUUCUCGUCUUCCUUGUAGGCCAUGCUUUUCGUUGAGAAAUUUCUGAGAUGGAUGUAAUAAAAUAAAAAAAAAAGUAGCCAUUCCUCUUUUCCCUCUGUUUGGCAGUACUUACCAUUCCUGUGUGACCGUGCUCUAUCGGCUCAGUGUUUGUAGCAGAGAGCCUCAUAUUUUGUCCAUAAAAACAGCACCACAUUGUGGUUGAGUGUUCUGCUUGUCUUUGAUUUAAAAACUUGCGCUGACUGAAAGUGCUCAGUUUUAAUCAAUAUUUACUUUACUCAGUGGCUUCAGAGCAGUGGGUUUCCAGCAGUUAAACAGGCCAGGUUGCCAUUGGGGUGUGACCUUGAAGACUGUCAUUUGUUUUAGUACAGUAGCUGUUCAGCUUAAUGCUUAAGUGUUUUGCGUUAUACUCCAGCUUUGAACUAAACAUUCACAAAUUAAGAUAAGUUUGUCUCAGAUAAUGUUGAUCCAUGUAGUCUUUCCUUUCCUUUUGUUGAAAAUGAUUUUUUUUCUCUGUAAAUGACAACAUGAAUAAAAAUUAAGUGUAUUCCAAAUCUGGCUAUGAAUGGAAUAACAUUGGCUAUAUUUAAUAAAUGUAUUAAUGAGUCUGA